AUGUCCAAGAAGAAGGCUGUUAACGUGGAUGGCGACAGCGCAGUCAGCGAGAUGGAUAUCCAGAAGGGGCCUCAGCGCCCGUUCUUGGUUACGGAGCCAAACCCCGCGCUGUCCAAAACGCGGCUGUCGUCCACAUGGAGCGAGAAGUCGGUAGUGGGCGCGCUUAUGGGCGUGGCAGCAGCGGUGCGGCUAUAUAACCUUGCAUAUCCCGACUCGGUGGUGUUUGACGAGGUGCAUUUCGGGGGAUAUGCGUCCAAAUACAUCCAGGGAGCAUUCUUCCUAGAUGUGCAUCCGCCGCUGGCGAAGAUGCUGCUUGCGGGGGCCGGGAAACUGGCGGGCUAUGGCGGGGAGUUUGGCUUUGAAGACAUUGGAAUUGACUAUCCCGCUACGGUGCCCUACCAGGUGAUGCGGUUUUUGCCUGCGGCGUUGGGCGUGCUGACGGUACUACUGAUGUUCUUGACCCUGCGUGCGUCCGGUGUGCGCAAAUGGGUUGCGUUUGCGGUGUCUCUGGUCUUCACCGUAGAGAACUCCUUUGUGACGAUCUCGCGCUACAUCUUGCUGGACUCUCCUCUGCUCUUCUUCAUUGCGGCUGCUGUGUACUCGUUCAAGCGCCUUGAGCUGCACCAGACUGGAUCCCUGCAGUACUACAAAUGUUUGGCAGCCACGGGUAUGGCUCUGGGCCUUGCAAUGUCGUCCAAAUGGGUCGGAUUUUUCACCUUCGCAUGGGUCGGUGUUGUCUCCGUCAUGCAGCUAUGGUUCCAGGUUGGGGACUUGAACAAGCCCGUUCCCUCGAUUUUGAAGCAGUCUGCAAUCAAAGCGUCUAUAUUAUGUGUCUUGCCGAUGUGUCUCUACGUGCUUUUCUUCAGAAUCCAUUUCCAAAGCUUGCCAAAUGUCACGGACGCUGCGGGCUUCUUCUCCUCUGCGUUCAGAACGACAUUGCAUGGUCAUACUAUCCCUGCAAACAUAUAUGCGGGCGUUGGCAUCGGAUCUACUGUUACUAUUCGCCAUAUCGGCACCAUGGGCGGGUACUUGCACUCACACAACCACAUGUACCAGGGAGGCUCGGAACAGCAGCAGGUUACCUUAUACCCACAUCUUGACCAAAACAACCACUGGUAUAUUGAGCACUACAACGCCAGCAACACAGUGCCCACCACUUUUGAGGGUCUUGAGCACGGUACCAAGAUCAGACUCAAGCACGUUUUGACUGGCCACAGAUUACACUCGCAUGAUCACAAGCCACCAGUGUCUGUGUCCUCUGACUGGCAGAAGGAAGUUUCUGGCUACGGUUUCCCAGAAUUCGAAGGCGAUGCGAACGAUGAUUGGAUUGUUGAGAUCGACCAGGAAAAAUCCACCCCAGGCGAGGCUCGCGAGAGAGUCAGAGCUAUCGAGACAAAGUUUAGAUUGAGACAUGCAAUGACUGGCUGCAUGCUGUUCUCUCAUCAAGUAAAACUGCCAAAGUGGGGCUUCGAGCAGCAGGAGGUUACAUGUGCAACUCAAGGUAGGCCAGACCUCACACUGUGGUACAUCGAAGAGAAUACUAACCCGCUUCUUUCUGAGGACUCUGAGAAGAUCUCUUACAAAACUCCUAACUUCUGGGAGAAGCUCGUCGAAAUACACCGGAAGAUGUGGCAUAUCAACAAGAGUUUGACUGACGCACACAUGUACCAGUCUGACCCAAUCCAAUGGCCAUUCUUGUUGCGGGGCAUCUCCUACUGGUCCAAGGAUUCAAGACAGGUGUAUCUGCUUGGAAACGCUGUUGUAUGGUAUUCGGUGACUCUUUUCGUUGUCAUCUUUGGCUUAAUAUGUGUCGGAGAGCUUUUUGUCUGGCAAUUAGGUAAGCCAAUUCUAUCAGACACCAAGAUUUUGAAUUUCCAUAUCCAGACUAUCCAUUAUUUGCUGGGCUAUUUCAUCCACUAUUUGCCAUCCUUCCUGAUGGGCCGUCAAAUGUUCCUACACCAUUACUUACCCGCAUACUACUUCGGGAUAUUAGCAUUGGCACAUGGGCUUGACGGGUUGGUUACUUUCCUAAACCGCAAGAGACCAAUAGCUUACGGACUAGUCGCUAUGUUUGUUCUCGGAUCCAUUGCUUUCUUUGUUACGUAUAGCCCUCUAGUCUACGGUCUUCAAUGGACCCGGAGCCAGUGCGCUAAAACGAGACUUCUAAGCAAUUGGGAUUAUACCUGUGCAGUGUUUCCAGAUACUUACGAGGCCUACAACUUAAUUCCACCCGCAGAGUCCAGCGAUGCUAACGUGGCUGGCAUAACUGAUACCAGGGAUGAGGCUAAGAAGCCAGACGUUGGACUCGACCUCGAAUCCAUCAUUGCCAAUCCAGACCCCAAGAAGUUUGUCGACCAACAUGGCAAUGAGCUAUCCCCUGAGCAAGUUCAGAACAUUGUAAAGGAGCAGGGCGGCUAUAUUAAGGGCGUGAGCGGAGGUGAAAACUUGUUGUAA